AUGGCACUAAACUGCGCGCCCGUGUCUAUACUCCUUUUGGGAUGUCUCACAACGCUCUUAACUAUUCGGGUAACUUUCCAACUCACCACGGGAGGUGACGACCAGAAUUUUACACAAAUAGUCGCACAACACGGUUAUAUUAGUAAAAACUACACUGUACAGACAGAAGACGGAUACCUUUUGAACUUAUACAGGAUUAGUUACAGUGCUAAAUGUGUUGGUGAAAAAUCAAAAACACCAGUGUUACUUAUAAAUGGCCUGUUGGCUAGUGCGGACUGCUUUUUGGACGCUGGAGUUGACAAUGGACUACCUUACCUCUUCGCAGACUCUUGCUAUGAUAUCUGGGUAGGCAAUGCUCGGGGCACGUACGAUGGCAGGAGGCAUAUAACCCUGGACCCUGACAGGGACACAGCCUUCUGGGAUUUCUCAGUCGACGAAAUUGGAAAAUAUGACUUACCAGCCACCAUCGAUUUAGUGUUAAACCAAACUGAGGAACCUCAACUCAACUAUAUUGGUGUUUCGCAAGGCUCAGGGAGUUUUUUCGUGAUGUGUUCCGAAAAACCUGAGUACAGCGAUAAAGUGAAAGUCCUCAUCGCACUGGCGCCAGCGACCAAAAAUACGCACACAAAAUCCGUAUUAUUCAGGACUCUGGCCACGUUUAUACGGGACUACCAAAAUAUUUUACAAAAAAUAGGCAUGGUAGAGUAUAUGUGGAAGGGAAUGCUGGAUCCAAUAAAUUUGCUUAGCCAGUAUAUACCUGAGGUGCUGUAUAAUAUCAUAUCAAUUAUAGAUGCGCCACAUCCCUCAUCAUUAUCAACGGAAACCUUGAAGUUGGCAUUGUCGCAUUUCCCGGCAGGAACUUCGACCAAAAACAUGGUUCGAUACGGACAAAGUAUAAAUGUUGAUAGGUUCUGUAAAUUUGAUUAUGGCCCAGAGAAAAACAUGAAGUUGUAUGGAGGAGAUCCGCCUGAAUUUAACUUGUCAGCCGUUACAGUACCAACUUAUGUUUUCCAGGGGAAGAACGAUGGCUUAGUGGACAUCAUUGACACGGAGUGGCUUGUAAGCAAACUACCUAAUCUUAAAGAGUUUGUGGUCAUGGAAGAUCCUCUCUGGAAUCAUUUCGAUAUGGUGAUCAAUAGGAAUAUAAGUAGUGCGUUGUUUCCAAAGAUAUUGAAAUACCUAAACCUUUAUAACGACAAUAGACAAAGUACCUACACGAUAGAAUAUAGUAAUGUGACUCUAAGUUGA